AUGAAGCCUGUAUUCAUCCUGUUAUUUUCCGCAACCUGGAUGCAGUGUGGAGCUCAGUUGUACUACCAGGCCCUGAUGGACUAUCUGGAAAACAGAUUGUUGGCUAUUGAGGACCACAUGCACGUGUGGCAGGAACAAGCACGUCAAUACCAUGUGGAGCUACAGCAUUUACAUAAACAGUCCAAGAAGACCAUGGAGGGCCUAAAUAAGACGCACAGCGCACUCUCCACAGACGCUGAGGCAGCGGCGGUCCGAAUGGACCGGGUGGAGCGAAACAUGGACUUGGUGGAAAGCCAGAUGUCUCCGCGGGCUUGUGCCAAGCAGGCGGAUCGAGUAAUAGAGCAAGGAGUGUGGAGCCAGGAGGAGAGCAGAGAAGAUGAGGAGGAGGACUGGCAGGAGUUGUCAUCCAGUGUGACUGACUGCGUGGAAAUUGUUUCUUCUCUCCGAUCUGUGAAAAUCCUGAAGCGAGUGGGCAGUUCAAAGGGCGUGUGGCUCCGAGACCCCCGGUCAUCCAAAGUGUACGUAUUUAACGGGACAAUGGGAGACACCAUCUACCAAUUCAAGUCUGUCAAGGAGUUUCUCUCUUCUGGGGUUUCUCUCGGUCAUCCAAUCAAGCUGCAAUCUGACUGGAGUGGGGCUGGUGUCGCCGUUUACAAUGGGUUUCUGUAUUACAUCCAGCAGGGAGAAGAUAUGCAUGUUGUCAGAUAUGAUCUCCUUCUUGGUGAGGUGACGGAUGUAGCCAUUCUCCCUGUGCAAAGCCUAGCUGCCGUUUACAGCCUCAACCCUGAGACGGUGGCAGACCUCACAGUGGACGAUCAAGGCCUGUGGCUUCUUUACGCUGGCGAUGAGGAUGAACCCAACAUCAACCUCGCAAAAAUGGAUCCCGUCUCACUGGAUAUCGAGCAGAUCUGGGACACUCGCUGCCCGAGGGAAAAUUCAGAGGCGGCCUUCAUUGUCUGCGGCGUUGUCUAUGUUGUCUACAACACUAGGCUGGCCAGUCGUUCCCGGAUUCAGUGUGUUUUUGAUGUUAAUGACAAGGUGGUGAGUGAGGAAGCACCACUUUUCUAUUUCCCCCGACGGUAUGGCUCACAUGCUAGUCUGAAGUAUAACCCUGACGAGAAACAGAUCUACAGCUGGGACGAUGGCUAUCAAAUCCUUUACAGACUGAAAACUAAAAGGAAAUUGCUGGUUUGA